AUGGAGAUCAGCGACAGUUCCGGCGGCGGCGGAGGGGAUUGCUCGUUGUCACUGCCGUCAGGCUUCGGCAAGAGGCCAUGGCUGGUACAAGCGCAGGGGACACAAGCGCUGUCCUUCGUCGACAUAUCGGACAGGAGCCUGCAUACGAGGGCUAUCCCCGACCUGCAGGGCAAGCUGUGUCUGGGCUGCGUCCACGACGGCGACUGGCUGCUCAUGGCGGACGAGAUCACCGGCGACAGCUUCCUUUUCUGCCUCUCCGACUCGUCCAAGGUCUCGCUGCCGCCUCUGCGGGAGCCGUUAGGGCACCUUGGAGCGUGCGUCGUGCUGGGGCCAUCGCCGGCUAACCGUGAAAGCGCCGUGGUGAUCGCCAGCACAGAAGAACCGGAAGAGAGCUUCCUGCUCCGUUGCCACCCCGGCGACGAGGAGUGGGCCAAGCUGACGAUACAAGGGCUCCACUCUUACAUAUUGUCUGGCAACCUUGUAAACUGCGCAGGACAGCUUUACUCAUACACCACCUUUGGCUUUUGGGGCCUUGUCGCCCUAGAUGUCAUCGACGGCGGCGCCACCAUUCAAGCUCGUGCGAACCUCUGGUGGGAGAGGCCAUGGGAUGCAUCGUCGCAUAAGCCCUACCUCAUCGAGUCGAGCGGGGACCUGUUCUUGGUGGCAGUGUCGUACCACGGGUGCCAUCCCUACAAUUGCUCGUUCGAUGGAGUUUCUGUGCAUCGCCUAGAUCGAGACAGGGCGACGCUUAGGAAGGUGGAGGGCAUCGGCGCCGGCCGUGCCUUCCUCAUCGCCGGUAGGUACGGCUUCCCGUGCGCCGCCGUGGAAGGGGUCGUGCAGGGCAACUGCGUCUACGUCGUGUUGCCGGGCUGUGACUGCGAGAGGAUUUACAAGCUAUGCUUGGAUGAUAUGACGAUCAGCUUGCAGACGACCCUUCCUCAUCCCACGGAGAAUUUACGGGGGGGAUUUUGGUCCGUUCCUGCAAGGAUCCGAGCUGAGUACAAAGAAUCAGACCAAUCAAUCCGUCGCGAUAUGGAGGUUAGUGUACUAAACAACUUCAACAACGACGAGGAGGAACACACUGCCACCAUAUCACCAUGGUUAGACCUUCCAAUAGAGAUGCUAGAGUUAAUACUUUCAAACCUCUCGUUGGUCGAUCGAGUACGAUUUCAAUCAGUUUGCAAGGAGUGGAGCUUGGUUUCCAACCCGGUUGCCAAAGCAAAGGCUUGGCCAUGGCUCAUGCACUGCAUCAGGCAAGACGGUGAAUGCAAGAUGUUUGACCCUUUACAUCCCAUGGAGUAUGCUUUGAAGAAGGUUGGUCUGUUUGAUACUGAUGUGCGGCAGGCUUUCCGCUUCUCCAAAGACGGAUGGGUGGUAGUGUUCCAUGGCAGCAGCGACCACAUCUUCGCCAUAAAUCCGAUCACGGGAGAUACUGUGGAGCUCCCCAGGCUGGACUACUGGUACGACUUCACCGGCAUGGCGUUCUCGUCGGUGCCGACUUCCCCGGACUGCAUCUUCGUCGGAGCUAUCAGCUCUCCCACAGGCGAUUGGGUCAGGGUGUGGACGUACAGGACCAACAGGGAAGAGACCACGGACGACGAGGGUGAGGAGGAGCAAGAGAUGUGCUGGGAUGACAUUGCUUUUGAUACUAGCAAUGCGCUGUUCCCGGUGGCGCGGAACAAUCCGGUCUAUUUCAGAGGGGAGUUCUAUUUCCUCGGACAGAGAGGCAACCUCGCCGUCUUCCACCCGGGCAACAUCGUGUGGAGAGUCCUCGACAAACCAGAGCCCAUCCACCCCAACCUGACUGUCAAUGAUGAGGGCAAGGAAGCAUGCUACUUGGUUGAGCUGACAGGGGAAUUGAUAGCUGUGUUCCAUCGCAGCGCCAAUGAGCCCCCACGAGUACUCAAACUUGAUGAGACGAACAUGUCAUGGGUUGAGAUUGAGGACAUUGGUGGAGGAACUCUAUUUUUGGAUUACCGAGCGUCUAUGGCCAUGCCAUCAUCUGAAGUCGGACAUGGACAUGGUGAUAGGAUAUAUUUCCCAAAGUAUAGUGAAGAGGGAAAUCAAGCAUUUUUCUACGAUAUGAAGGCCAAGAAGUACAGCCCAACGUUCUACAGUGGUAAAGAACCAAUGAAUUGUGUUUGGUUUGUGCCUAAGCUACAUGUUGAUACAUAAUCAGCAUCUUAGACAAUGGACAAUACAUGCAUCUUGCAGUAAAGGCUAUCUAACCUUCUGGACCUAAACCUCUAUGAGAUACAUGUUUAGAUGAUCUUUACAACAGAACUAGUAUAAUAUGUCGCCACUUUGCGUGACUGUAACCACCAUCUCUUUGUUUACAUGUUACCCGUAAUAAGUAUAUUAAACUCAUAAUAGCAAUUGACAAUGUAAACCAGUAUUUUUAUCAAAUACUUACCAAAAAUGUAA